CGGGGAGUACGCUCCACCACAUAAAAGCCUCUUCUUCCUUGUUGGCUAAAGUCUUUCAGAAUUUUAUUUGUUUUGUUUUGUUUUAUUUUCUGUUUUGUUUUGUGAAGGAGAAGAAAGAAACCAUUUGUUGGUAGCUCUUGUUCUUCUUCGGCUGAGAGAGGCAAUGGCGGAGGAGCAAAAAACGACUAAAGUCGACGUAGAAUCUCCAGCGGUUGUAGCUCCGGUGAAGGAACCUACUCCUGUUCCGGUGGAAGCUUCUAAAGACGUGGCAGAGGAGAAGAUUCAUACUCCACCACCUCCUGACGAGUCCAAAGCUCUUGCCGUUGUCGAAAAACCCAUUGAGGAUCCCACACCAAAGAAAGGUUCGGCCGAUAGAGAUGUGAUACUUGCAGACUUGGAAAAGGAGAAGAAGUCAUCAUUCAUCAAAGCAUGGGAAGAGAGUGAGAAGUCAAAGGCUGAGAACAAGGCCCAAAAGAAGAUAUCUGAUGUGCUUGCUUGGGAGAACAGCAAGAAAGCAGCCACUGAAGCUCAACUAAGGAAGAUUGAAGAGAAACUAGAGAAGAAGAAAGCAGUGUACGGUGAGAAAAUGAAGAACAAAGUGGCAGCGAUUCACAAGCAAGCAGAAGAGAAGAGAGCAAUGGUUGAAGCUAAAAAGGGAGAAGAGCUUCUCAAAGCUGAAGAAACGGCUGCUAAGUACAGAGCCACUGGUGUAGUACCCAAGGCGACUUGUGGAUGUUUCUAAGUCUUUUUAUUAAAUCUGUUUCUCAGGUCAUUUGUUUGUGAUAAUUCCUCUCUACAUUUUUUUGUGUGGUUCGGUUACUUUUUAUAGUUGGUUUUUGUUUGUUUGCUGUCUUGUUUAUAUAUUGGUGAUUGUGUGUAAAAAACAAAACGUGUGAAAGAAAUAUGGAGUAUUUUCUGUAA